GUCUGUAUUUAUUUCCUAGCAACACAGCCGUGCGACAACAAGAUGGCCGCUUCGUAAACUUUUCGAAGCAAAAUCUUCAACUGUGAAAAGCGGUUUACAGAUCGCUAUCCUUUUUAGAAAAUGUCAAAGAAGAGAGCAAAGAGUGGUGGGUCUGCUGGCGUCUCGAGAUGGGACUCGGGGAUUGUUCAGGCGCCCUUUGAAGAGGAAAACUGGAAGGCAAGCAUUGCUUUCAUUGUCGGCAAACGUUUGGAGGACUACGAAUACACUCAAUUCCUGUGCAGUGCUGUGCAUUCUGGCCUCAGAAAACUCUUCAGCGUUAUUUCCAAGGGGCUCCUUUUCCAAGAGGUUCAAGAAUUAGGCAAUGCCAAAGUCAAGAAGCCUAAAGACGCCGCCGCGUUCUCGGAGAUCUGCGAGGCGGUCAAGCCACACUUGGACAACAACGAGGACGUGCCUCUGCCCUUGUUGGCCAAGCUGCUGAAAUGGAAGCUGUUGGCUAUCAAACAGAAGGACAUGAAGAGACGAGACGACGACAAAAAGUCCACUGAUGGAAAGGACGGCAAGGACAAGAAAGGAGGCAAGGACAAGCGAGCCAGGAGCAAGUCUCCAGCCAAGGGCAAAGGGAAGAACAAAUCUCCCGAGAUCCCCUCCCCGAAGAAGGAGAGCAAACUGAAGAAGAGAGGGGAGGAGGAAGAUGACAAUAAGUACAUCGAUGAUGAGCCUGAUGACGGACCCCAGCACUACGUCAUCAUCGAGGGAUUUGACCUGGCCCCCUUGCUGGCCCUCCUCAGUGACCUUGGGGUCAAUGUGGACAGCAUCAUCAAGGUGGGCUCGGAGGACUACCAGAGAUUUGAGAGACGGAAGGCGCAGGAAGAGGAGGAAGAGGAGGAGAGGCCACCUGAAGUUCUGGAAGCUGAGAAGCUCAAACGAGAGAAGGCCGUCCAGAGACUGGAGACCUUCUGGAAUCAACACGAGCCCUUGCUACGCAGCGCCCCAAGGGACUCCAAGCUCCACGACCUGGCCAGGCUGACCUACACCGUCAAGGAGAAGAUCAUUCCAGAUGACAUGGAGGACAAUGAGCUCAGGACGGAGUUUGGCACGGCUCUGUUCGAGGACAUCGCCUGCAUGAUGUACGACUUGCUGGACUCUAAGCGACAGUUCCUCAACUAUAUGGACAACAUGAAGCUCAUCCAGAUACCAUCGGCCUCUGGACCCGCCAUGCCUCCUGCUAUGUCUGAGGUGCAAUCUGGAGCCUCGCUGACCACGUCAGGGGCCGGAGCCUUGGCCGCAGGGGCACCUGCAGACGCCCAGGGGUUAGGGGUGGCAGCUGAGCAGAAGCUCCUACCUCCCGAGGUGGACAUGCGAUACUACACCGAGCUGAUGGACAGCGUGCCCCAUGAGAGCGUCAGCAUGCCCAUCAUCAUGCAUUGCAUGCUGGAACAGAUUACUGCCACAGAGGAAGACAUGCUUCCUCCUAGCGAGAAAGCCCAGACACCCAGAGAUGACGGGCUGGAUCCCAGCCUAGCUGCCCACAUCGAGGGCAUGACCUCCAAGCUGCACAUGUCAGCCAAGGAGAAAGAGGAUCUUGAGAACAGCCUGAACAGUCGGUCUUCCAAGUCAUCCCCCGCUACCAUCAACGGGGUCAACAACACCCCUUACUUCUACCGCUGUGGGGAUGACAUCGCCCGGCGCUUGCACCAUCUGCGCCCCUUGAACGGCUUCAACCCCUCAGAGGCCGAGCUAGCCAUGAUGGACUACAUUCCAGUGGCUAAGUUGAGGGAGUUCCCUCGGCCCUGCCAGGCGGUGCUGAAGCAGAGGGCUGCCCGACUUCAGGAGUUGCUGCAGCAUUGUGCAAGCGGCGCUGUAGACCAGGCCGAGGUAGACCACGCCUUCCGUCAGUUCGUCUUUGAGAGCCUCAAGCUGCGUGGGACGGAUGCUGACGGGCAGAUCCUGGCCAGCGAGACCAAGGACACAAAGGUCAUCUGGGACGACCCUUACCCUCUCUUUGUCAGCAGAGGGGAGGAUGACACAAAGCUGGAACAGCCGUUUGAGAUUGCAGUCCCAGCGGCUGUGGCUGAUGCCAAUCAAGUGUCAUCUGAUGAGCCCAGCUCCAAACCGGGCUCAGCCAAGAGUACACACAGCGAUCAGACUGGUACAGGGAUCUUGAAGAAUGAACCCGCUGGGCCUAAAUCACGGCAGGGGUCGGCCAGCAGCGCCAGGUCAGCUAGGAGCACAGUCCACUUUGAGAAAGACGCCUCUGGCAACCCCAUACUCCCCGCAGUCAAGGACCCCCAGCAAUCCUCCUCCCAGCCCCCCUCGGAGAACUCCCUCUCCUUGGAGCUUCCGGGUGCUCCCAAGGGUCAGAGGUCGCGACCCGGGUCAGCCAGCAGUGCCAUCGGGGUGCAGGACAUUGGGGAGAAACCCGAGCGCAACCUGGACGAGUGGCGCUACGCAGAGUAUCUGGAGCCUAGUGUUCUCUUACAGGUCUUGCAAGAUGCUCGUGAGGUAUACCCCUACAUGGACACUUACUACCACAAGAGGGAUCAUUCGCUCCUAGUGGUCAUGCACAAUCCUGUGGGUCCUGAUCUCAAGAACCACGAGCCCUGGAGCGCCAAACUCCACUCCAAUGUUGGAUUCAGGAACUACAUGGAGCACGUUGCCGAUCAUAUCAAGGACUGGACGGCCGAGGAAGAAGAGAAGUACCAGGCGGAGGUACGGCGCAAGGAAGAGGAAGCCAUGAGGGCAGCAGCCUCUACCCCGUCUCCGUCUGUCUCCAGGCCCUCUAGUGGCAAGAGUAGGGUCAGGUCUGGGUCACCCAAGAAGUCUCGCUCCAAGUCACCCAAAGGCAAACGCAGCGUAAGCCCCACCCACUCGGUGGACAACCUGGACCCCAACAGCAGCAGCUUCAUGCGACCCAACUCCAUGAAAGCCUGGAAGGUGGAGCAAGACAAGAUACGCGAGGAAGAGGAGAAGAAACGGACGGAGAAGGAGAAGAAAGGACGACCAAGGUCGCGUUCCCGCUCUGGCUCCCCGAAGAAAGAGGACAAGGAGAAAAAAGACGACAAGAAGGACAAGCGGGCCGCCUCCCCGUCCAAGGAGAGCGGACGCAACAGCAAGAAGGGGACCAAGGGGGACAAGGGCGGGGCCGGAGGGGCAGGGGAGGAGGGAGAGAAGGCGGACGAGGGGGUGACAGAGGAACCCAAGGAACCAGAGAGGGAAUAUCCGUUUGUUGGCUACAAUGUGGGGAAUGAUCUGAUUCAUGCCAGUGGUUUUGUCACCACCCUGUUUCCUUGCGACGGAGGCCAGAUACGCACUGAGAAGACAGAAUUCAUUGAUGGCCCAUCUUUUGUGAAGACCUCCGUUCUGAAGGACGGCCACGUCUUUGUCAUCCACCUGCUGAAUCCGCGGCCAAUCAGCGAAGACGAGCUGACAGCCAAGACCAGCCCGGAGGAGGGGGUGGUUGAAAAAGCCGAGCAUGAGACACAGGAGAAGGACGAAGCCCCCGUUGCCAAGGAAGCCAGCCUUCUUCAAGAUUUAAUGGACGAGGACGGUGCCGAUAGUCUAGCCAGUGAGGCCAUAUCGGUCAAGUCUGGGUCGAUAAGCGGCUCGCAGUACGCCGACUCGCGCGAUGGAGACUCCCCAACCAAGGGUGUAGGCCAGAUGCAACGGGACGCCCCAUUGGAUGACAGUAAAGCCCCUGAACCAGCAGAGGAGAAGCCUAAACCAAUCAGCAGCUUCGGUUCAUUCACGGCCACCCUCAGCGACGGCAUGGUGUUUGCACUGAGCAACUACGGCAGCAAAGGAACUCCUUUUGGAGCCGAAGAGCCCAAGCAAGAGGUUGAGAUCUACGUGCCCCCGCCCACCAGCCCGUCCCCGCCUCCUACUAUCUCCUCCCCUAAAGGCACUCGGGCGGGGUCAGGGAAGAAGGGGAAGAAGCAGCAACAGCAGCAGCAACAGGAGGCAGAGAAACAGGCGCAGCUGCAGCUGGAGCAACAGCAGAGAGAGGAGGAAGAGAGGAAGAGGGCGAUGGAGCAAGCCAUGAAGAAAUCCAAGGAGCCUGAGGAGCCUCCCUUCCAGCAGCUCUUUGUCUCCUGCCCAGACGGCCUGCAUGUCAACUACCUCCUGGAGAAAGAUGCCGGGGUCGUGAUGUCCGAUCCCGGGUCUGCAGGCCUUCUGUUGGUCAGGCAGAGCUACCCCUACAAGACAUCUGGCAAGCAGGAGUGCGAGUCUGCCCGCCAGGUACCGGCCAUGCAGGAGAAGUCGCGACUCAUCACCAGCGACGGCAGCGUCAUCAAGAUGAUGAAAGAUGGAACCGUCCAGGUGUUGUUUGCGGACGGUGCAGUCAGCAUCAGCCAGGGCCCCUCCUCAGGCCAAUCCUUCAGCCCCGCCCACAGCAGAGACCCUUCCCCUCAGCGUGGAGGUAGCGCCAUCAGUACCCAGGUAUCUGAGGCUGCAACCAAGAAAGGGUCUGUCCGUGGAGCACCCAGCAAGUCCGGCACGGCCAUGGGUGGGGAGAAACCUGAGGAUCUUCAGGACGUCAGCGCUACGGAAGACCCUGGUGUCAUCAGUGAAUGGGUGACUACUGCUAAGGACGGAGUUCGUAUUGGCACCAGGGCCGACGGCAGCAUGUAUGAGCUGAAAGCAUGUAUGAUGUACUCGGCCACGGAUCCUAUGACUUACGAGGUGAUGAACACCAGGGAAGACCGUGUGGUAAUCUUGCUGCGUCCAGACGGAAGCCGUAUCGUAGACCACAAUGAGGGAACACGGAUUACUACCUACUACAACAGGGUGGAACUAGCCGCCGAUCACGAAGAACACGCUGAGACAGGUGAGGAACCGACGCCCAGAUUCAAGCUUGUCAGGCACUACAAGGUUGAGUGCCCCGGCUACGCUACUGUCAUCUUCAACAGUGAGGAUAGUCUGGCGACCACCAUCUUCGGCAGCGGAACGGAGAUCAUCAGCAUUCCAAACGGCUCCUACGAGGUGCUCCAUCAGGAGGGCGGUCGCGUGACUGUCAAGAGCGACGGGAUGGUGGAAUACAUCCCGGGUGUCGAGGGGCGUGAACCCAAGACCUACGUCAUGAGACACCAGAAUCCGAUUGUCUUUGAGACGGACGAUCCUGUCGGGAAUCGCUUCACUGUCCGCUCAACGGGAGAAACAGAGGUCAAGAAGGCGUCGACGUGCGACGAGGAUAAAGUCGAGAUGGGCGUGGUCCAGGAGUGCCAUCAACACCUGCCGCGGUUCUUCGUGAUCAACGAGGACGGAAGCGGCGUGGAGCUUCUCCGGGGUGAAGACAUCGAGGGGUACCUAGAGAGAGCUAACUUGGACCCCAAUACUGCCAUCUUGUGGGACCCGCUCGCCGACCAUCCAGACGUGAACGGCAUCACGGUAAUGCGACCUUACACCACGAGUCCCAGCAAGGUGUGGUUGAUGUCCCUGGACGAGCCCAACAUUGUCCCGCCCAAUCUGCGUUCCCGAGACUUCGCCAAGUUCCCCGCUCGGGAGCUCAAGCACCCAGGCCCUAAAUUUGGCACCAACGUCGGGAAGGGGCUGGCUGUCGGCUCGCGCACCUCCAAGCCGCGAGCUCUUCCAAUCCCGAAAUGCCCCAGUGAGUUAGAAAUCCGUCAGUUUGUUGAGUACAAGCCCAUCAGCGAGGAGCUGAGGCAGAAGAUGAGGGCGGGGCUUGAGGCUUAUGCUAAUGAGAUGCAAAUUAAGGAUCAGCAGUGGGCGGAGCAAGAACUGAAGGAGCCAAGAGAUGAAGCAGAGAGGGUCAAAGCAGGAGAGCUCUUGGCAAGCAUCUUAGCACAGGAUGAGCGAGAUUUGGUGGCCCAGACCGAUGCGGCAACAGACACUGUCCCUCAAGAAGUGACGAAAACCGCCGCAUCUGCCACCAAACCCAGAGCUGUGACGAGCAGUGAUGAAGCCAAGGCCCUGUAUGAGAAGGCAACUGCCCCAGCCCCACUACCUCCACAGCCCAAGCCCAAGAAUAAAUAUGUGCAGGAGGAUUGGGACAAAGUUAGGAGAGACCUAGCCGAGGAGCAGAACCUACGCAAGGCCCUGCGCAACCACGAGGUCCCGCCCUACUUCCAGUCCGAGUGGGGAGAGAGUUUCCUCGUGACCCAAGCCGCAGCGGCCGGCAGCAAGGGUCCAGACAUGGACGGACUGACCAAAGACCUGGCCGAGGCUACGAGGCAAGGUGACGGUCAGGGGACGUCCUUCAGUCUGCCUAGUACGCCGUCCGAAUCGCCGGCCAGUCAGCAGCAAGCUGCCCCAGAUUCUUCCCGACAGAGUGAGCCGUCGGAGAGUGCAUCCCCUCAGAAACAACCCUCUCCAGUCAACCCAACCAUCAAUGUUCCCAUAACGUCAUCCAGUCCUGCCGACGUCCGUCCAACCAACCCCACACCCGCCCAUGCCGGGGGUCAGGGCACGCCCACCCCUCUGCGUCCAAACAACCCGACGCCGGCCCAUGCCUCACAGCAGCAGGGACCCACAGCAAGGCCAGGCAAUCCCACGCCCGGAGGAUCCAACGACAACAACGCCAAUUCCCAGAAUGCCAUGCUGCCCAGUGAGACGCCCUCAAGCUACGCGUCGUUCCCCAACCAUCCGUCCACCAUUCCAGAGCACGCGGAGGAAGGGGCAUACACCGACCGCUCCGGCUACACUGACAGGAACAGCGUCAACCAGCAAGAAGGCCGGCGUUCCUCAAGCCAGGCCAACGGAGACGGCAUGGCAGGUGCGGACGGGGACGACGGUAUCCCAUCAGCCAACAGCGACCUGAUCCUGACCAAGAGCCUGCUGGUAGACGUCAACGGGGAACCGAGGAAGGAGAGCGUGCGGCUGCCGGCGGCCAUCUUGGGACAGAAGCCCGGCAUGGUGCCCAACGAACAUUUCCAAGUUUUGGAGGAUCCCGUGCGACGCAAGGUCUACACCUCCUCCAUCGCAGGAGCGGAGGCCAAAGGCAUCGCCCCGCUCUCCAAGAUGCGAGGGUUCGAGGUGGUCCCCGGCGAGGUCCACUUUGGCACCCUGCGGGAAGGCUGCACCUACGCCUUCAGCGUCAACCUCAAGAAUUGUGGGAUUGAUACGUGCAGGUACAAGGUGAAGCAGCCGCCACCGGCCACGGGACUUCAGGUUGUCUACACUCCGGGACCCGUUUCAGCAGGCAUGAAGGCCGUUCUAGAGCUCCAGCUCUACGCCAUAGCCGUCGGAGUGACCGGGGAUAGCGGGCAAGGAUCCAUCGGGCAUCACGUUGAGAUCAUCACCGAGAUGGAACAACUAUUCCUACCAGUCACUGCAAAUAUCCUGACAGCCCACGAGUACGAUGAACGGUGCCGCACCCAGGGGACGCCCCGCGUUGCUGCCGGGGUCCGUAUGAUAUCGGCACGGCCUCCAUCCCGCGAGGGGAUCAUCAGACCCAGGAAAACACAACAGCCAGGAGCCACCCUCGAAGCCGAUUCACAACUGGUCCAGUGAUCGGGCCGUCGGAAUUGCAAGAAAGUGUGGUUUAUGCCUUGACAGCGACCAUUCAAGAUUGUCUGUACACUUGAUUAUUUCCUGGCCAAUUGUUCCUAUUUGACUAAAAACAAAGAGUGGCUCUUAUCAUAGUGUUGCUUCAGAAAUCCUCAAACCCUCAUAAAUCUUCCGAUUCAGAAAAAGAUAUUAAGAAGGAAAAAAAGCAUAUUAAGAAGGAAAAAAACACCAUGUUGUAAUAUCUGAAUGAAAACACUACCUGUUUGAAUUGAUACCGUGUUUUUUUUUAUUCCUGGGCCACUUUUUGUUGUAAAAUUCUUGUAGAAAACAAUUAAAAUUAUCAGACUUUUUUAAAGAUGAAAUGUACAUAUUUUGCAAAACAAUAAUUGAUGCCAAUGGUUUUCCCGAUGCUUAUGUAUGCUGUGCUGUUUCUAAUCCGUCCAACUUCUUUGCAAAAUAUAAAUGAAAGAGAUGUAACUUCGAAAACAAAGUCGGUUAAAAAAAUAUUUACUAUUGUAUAUUGACUUCACUUCUUUUGAUUGGCAAUAAAUACGUUCUUUAGUUUUUCAGUUACAAGAAAA